AAUAGAAAAGAAGAUUAUUUAACUUUGAAUAGUUCAAGAUGAAUGGAACAAUGACUUAUUGUCCCCCGAAUAUAAGUCUCGCUGACAUUUGGGUGGACCAUGGCAUGUCUAAAUGCUUCAUGGACACAGUUAGUACUGCUGUCAUUUCCUUGUACCUGCUAAUCUACGGAACCAUACAAUUGUGGAUAUAUAGAAAGUAUGGGACAGAUACACCUGUUUUACUACCUAGAAGCAAAUUGUACAUUGUACAACAGUUCUUCCUCUAUUUCGUCCCAGUACUGAGCAUAGUAAGAUUAAUUCUAGAUGGGACAAUUCUUGGUGAUGAAAGAAUAUAUGGUUACAUGAUACUCACAACAGUGCUAACGGUAAUUGUUUAUCCUUAUUCGGUAUACAUAUUGAGAGUAGAGAGACACAAAUUGCUUCCAAGUGUUCCACCACGUGGACAUGGGCUCAUUUUGUUGGGUUUCUGGACAUUGGCGUUUAUGGCGGACAAUCUUGCAUUCAUCAAUAUCGGCAAACUCGAGUGGUGGUUUCAUCUAAACACAGUAACAGACCAGAUUGAGAUGGCACUGUUCGUUCUACGUUACGUAAGCAACCUGGUCAUCUUCGCCCUGGGAUUGAAAGCUCCAGGGAUAACAUAUUACCCAGCUCCUGAAUAUCGCACGCUUCCCGAUGGUCCGGCUCGACGGUCGAGAUAUUAUCAAGGUAGGCCCGACGAUAAUAGCUCGACAUGGAAGAACGCGUGGUACAAGAUAAAGACUUUAGCACCGUUCUUAUGGCCGAAAAGCUUCGUGCUACAACUGCGAGUCAUCUUCUGUUUCGGAUUACUUAUAGGGGCUCGGUUGAUCAAUUUAUACGUUCCGAUUUACAAUAAGAGAAUCGUAGAUAGCGUAUCGGAAACACCUCUCGAAUUCAGAUGGGAUCUCGUGUUGAUUUACGUUACGUUCAAAUUUCUCCAAGGCGGCGGCUUUGGUGGGAUGGGAUUAAUUAACAAUCUCAGAACGUUCUUGUGGAUCCGUAUACAACAGUACACUACUCGAGAGAUCGAGCUAGAAUUAUUUAAACACUUGCAUAGCUUAAGUUUGCGUUGGCAUCUUGGAAGGAAAACCGGAGAAGUCUUAAGGGUGAUGGAUCGCGGUACAGAUUCCAUUAACAAUCUUCUUAAUUAUAUUCUCUUUUCGAUCGUUCCAACGAUCAUCGACAUAUUAAUAGCCGUCGUAUUCUUCGUCAGUGCUUUUAACAAAUGGUUCGGCUUAAUUGUUUUCGUAACUAUGAGCUUAUACAUAGUUGCUACUAUCUCGAUUACCGAGUGGCGUACAAAGUUCCAGCGACGAAUGAACUUGGCGGACAACGCUCAAAAGACGCAAAGCGUCGACAGUUUGCUGAACUUUGAAACGGUCAAAUAUUACGGAGCGGAAGCGUACGAAGUGAACAGCUACAAAAAAGCGAUAUUGAACUACCAAGUGGAGGAAUGGAAUGCGUCAAUAACAUUGAAUAUCUUGAAUACGUUGCAAAAUGUAAUCGUGUCUGGUGGUUUGUUGGCUGGAUCGUUAUACUGCCUGCACAUGGUUGUAACCAAGGAUGGUUUGACAAUCGGCGAUUACGUUCUCUUUGCCAGUUAUAUCAUUCAGCUUUACGGCCCCUUGAAUUGGUUCGGAACUUACUACCGCGCGAUACAAAAGAACUUCGUCGACAUGGAGAAUAUGUUCGAUCUUCUGAGAGAAGAACAAGAAGUGAUCGACGCUCCGGGAGCUGGUCCUUUGGUAGUGAAACGAGGCCAAGUAGAAUUCACUAACGUAUCGUUCAGUUACACUCCAGGGAAAGUGAUAUUGAAGAAUAUCAAUUUUGUCGCGGCAGCGGGAAAGACCGUGGCGUUAGUCGGGCCGUCCGGCGCUGGCAAGUCGACGAUCAUACGGUUGUUGUUCAGAUUCUACGACGUGGAACAGGGCGCGAUUCUGAUCGAUGAGCAGAACCUUAAGACCGUCACCCAAGACUCUUUGAGGCGAGCGAUAGGCGUCGUACCUCAAGACACAGUAUUGUUUAACAAUACCAUAAAAUAUAACAUUCAUUACGGUCGGAUCGAAGCCCAAGACGCGGACGUGAUAGACGCGGCCAAGAACGCAGAUAUCCACGAGAGGAUUCUAUCGUUUCCGAACGGUUACGAGACGCAAGUUGGCGAGAGGGGACUCCGUUUGAGCGGCGGUGAGAAGCAACGCGUUGCCAUCGCUCGUACUAUACUGAAAGAUCCAGCGAUCGUGCUCCUUGACGAAGCGACGAGCGCGUUGGACACGCAAACGGAACGCAAUAUCCAAGCUGCGUUGAGCAGAGUCUGCGCUAAUCGUACGACCAUCAUCGUAGCUCACAGAUUGUCCACUAUAAUACACGCAGACGAGAUUCUUGUAUUACGAGAGGGAGAAAUUGUGGAGAGAGGAAAACACGAGGAACUGAUAUCUCGCGAAGGAGUAUAUCAUUCUAUGUGGCAGGCGCAAUUGCAAAACAAUCAAGAGACUAAUCAACCAUCGGACAGUAUUGACGAUGGGAACGAAGCGACGAAACCUUAAUGUUACUAAUAUAAAUUUGAUUAACGAAAAGAGAACGUGUGUACCUGUGCUCGUGAAGAAAAGUUUGCCCGUGUAGAUCUCACGAUUACACGAGUAACGUGGAAACACCAGAACAGCUGUGGAAAAGAGUGUAACAGCUAUUCGUUACGUACCUAAAAUGUAUACUUAUUUAUGUUUAGAGUAUGACGGUAUUAUGUCGUUGCCAAUAAAAUAUAUUUUAGUGAUGA